CUCGGCACAGGAAGUACUCCCAACUACCAAACAACAACGUAAUCUCAGCAGUCAAUAGCAUCGACACAAAACUGAAAAAUUGACUGCGACCAUCAUUUUCGAGAUUAAAUCGUUUCCCUGCAACGACGAUGGAGUCUAAUGAGACAGGGAGAGGAGGAUGGAAAACCAAGAAUCAGAACCCUCAGAAACAGAAGAUGAACAUGAAUAUUAUACGCCAAGAACAAUUGAUAGCUAAGAAAAAGAAGGAAAUUGAGGCCAGAAUGGCAGAGCAAGCUAAAAUCAAUGCACAAACGCCCAACAAAUGUCUGCCUCCAAGUUCCCCUACAACGCAAGGGACCUCCAACAAGUUCGUCAACGAUGGCAGCUUCUUACAGCAGUUCAUGAAGAUGCAGAAGCAGAAACCGAACAGCAGUUCUGGCUCCCCCACUGACUCCAAAAAUCCCCAAUCAACGACAGGAGGAAACCCUGCGCAGAGAAAAAACGCUUUAGUCGGCAAGCGGCCCGGCGUCGGUACCAUGCUCAGCCAGUUUAAGAGCUAUUCGCAGUCGAAGAAGAAUCCAGUUCUCAGCCAGAGGCCAAGUGUGUUUUGUUCCCCGGAUGACGACGACGAGGAUGAGAUUGAUUUCACAGAACUCUUAAAUAUGAAAGUUUCUCCCCCAGAGGACCCAGACACCAGACUCAUUAUCAACAAGAUGGCCUCCUUUGUGGCGGAGGGGGGACCCGAGCUGGAGAGACAGGCCAAGGAGGACUACAAGGACGAUCCCGUUUUCUCAUUUUUACAUGACAGAAACAGUAUGGAGUAUCUGUACUACAAAAAGACAGUUGCGGAAUUGAGAAACAAUGCUCCAACGCCUGAGAACACGGCCGUUAACGUCUCCCCCUCAGUGGAUGCGGAAACCCAGGAAGUGGCCGAGCAGCUCGCCAGGUUUGUGGCUGAGGGUGGCCCAGAAGUGGAAAGCAUCGCUAUCGAGCGUAACCGCGACAACCCUACCUUCAGUUUUUUAUUCGAUCAGCAAAACCCAGCCAACCGUUUCUACAAAGAGAAGCUACGAGAGUAUCGCGAGGCCGCCUCGCGGACUUCCUCAUCUCCGGAGGCGGAGUUCGAGACAGAGCCUCGGAGAGCGGCUGCUCCUCCGCGACCGCAGAUUUCGGUCCCCCCGGUGUCUGAAGCGCCCGGUCAGGCGGAAGACACGCCGCCCGUCAAACGUAAGAGGAAGAGUAGAUGGGGGUCCGAAGACGACAAAGUGGAGCUUCCCGUUCCUUCCAUCGUCAUCCCUCAGGAUAUGGCUGUUCCAGACCCCAACAUGCCAUCGCUUUCUGCUCAAGAUCUUCAAGGUCUUGGUUAUAGAAAGGGAAAGCCUGUAGGUCUGAUUGGUGUGACAGAACUAUCUGAAGACCAGAAGAAACAACUAAAAGAACAACAAGAGAUGCAAGAGAUGUUCGACAUGAUCAUGAAACACAAGCGCGCAAUGGCCGAGAUGCAGCAGAUGUGGGACAAGGCCAUCAAAGACCACCAGCGCGAGUACGACAGCGACGAAGAAGUGGACGAGGACGACGGCACCUGGGAGCAUCGUCUCCGAAAAAUGGAAAUGGAGAAGACGCGAGAGUGGGCAGAAUCUCUGACAGACAUGGGAAAAGGGAAACACUUCAUUGGAGACUUUCUGCCGCCUGAGGAGCUGGAGAAGUUUAUGGAGACUUUUAAAGCACUCAAGGAGGGACGGGACCCAGAUUACUCUGAAUAUAAAGAGUUCAAGUUGACAGUGGAGAAUCUGGGUUUCCGCAUGCUGAUGAAGAUGGGUUGGAAGGAAGGGGAAGGCCUCGGGACUGAAGGGCAAGGCAUCAAGGCUCCUGUCAACAAGGGAACUACAGCCUCAAAUGGAGCAGGGUUUGGGGUCGAGCGUCCGGCUGAGCUCUCAAAAAGCGAUGAUGAGUACGAUGCCUUCAGGAAGAGGAUGAUGCUUGCCUACCGAUUUCGGCCUAAUCCACUGAAUAAUCCACGGAGACCAUAUUACUGAAAAAAGGCAGCUGUUUACAGAGAUAGCGGGGGCCACCGCUUAGCUCACUUGUGAAGUUGGUUUUCAUUGCACAAUAACAAUAUUGUACAGAGCCCUCCGGGUGCCAGGGUAGAAAAAAAUUCUUUUUCAUAGCUAAUCUGUACCCACAGUUUAGUAACCUGUACCUAGAGUUUAGUCAUCUGUACCCACAGUUUACCAAUGACACGAAAACGGUAGUCACCAAUUUGAUUUAGCAAGGACUCCUAAUGUUGACAGACUAAGCAAUCAGCUGCACAUGGGAUUCCGCUGCCCUUAACGAAUAAAGUUGUUUUCAAAGGUAACUAAUGCAUGUUUUCUUUGGUAGCCAUAAACAAUGUCACUUUUACUACUAAACUGUGGGUACAGAUUCCUAAACUGUGGGGACAGAUUAGCUAUUAAAAAUAUUACCUAUUAUCUAUGUACCCAUAGAUUACUAAAUUGUACCAACAGUUUACUAAUCUCUACCCACAAUUCAGUAAUCUACCUACAUAUUACUAAACUGUGGAUAAAGAUUAGCUAUCAAAUUUAGUAAUCGAAAGCGGCAUGGAAAAUGAAUGAAUGAAUACUGUGGAUACAGUUUACUAAACUGUUGGUACAGAAUGCUAAAUUGUGAGUACAGAAUACUAAACUGUGGGUACAUUUUAGUCAUCUGUGAGUACAGAUUACUAAACUGAGGGGACAGAUUAGCUAUAAAAAAAAUAUUUUUUCCCUCCUGGCAUCCUGGAGGCUCAGUAAUAUUGUCAUUUGAGAAAGUUUAGUAAUCUGUGGGUACAGUUAAGUAAUGUGUACUCAUAGAUUACUAAAUUGCACGCACAGUUUAAUAAUAUCUACCGACAAUUUAGUAAUCGACCCACAGAUUACUAAACUGUGGAUACAGAUUAGCUAUUAUAUUUAGUGAUUGAUACUGUGGUUACAUAUUACUAAAUUGUGGGUACAGUUUACUAAAUUGUACCAACAGUUUACUAAUCUGUACCCACAAUUCAGUAAUCUACCCACAUAUUACUAAACUGUGGAUAAAGAUUAGCUAUCAAAUUUAGUAAUCAAAAGCAGCAUGGAAAAUGAAUGAAUUAAUACUGUGGAUAUAGUUUACUAAACUGUUGGUACAGAAUACUAAAUUGUGAGUACAGAAUACUAAACUGUUGGUACAUUUUAGUCAUCUGUGGGUACAGAUUACUAAACUGUGGGGACAAAUUAGCUAUGACAAAUAUUUUUUCUCUCCUGGGAUCCUGGAGGCUCAGUAAUAUUGUCAUUUGAGAAAGUGUAGUAAUCUGUGGGUACAGUUAAGUAAUCUGUACCCAUAGAUUACUAAAUUGCACGCACAGUUUAAUAAUAUCUACCCACAAUUUAGGAUUCGACCCACGGAUUACUAAACUGUAGAUACAGAUUAGCUAUUAUAUUUAGUAAUUGAUACUGUGGGUACAUAUUACUAAAUUGUGGGUACAGUUUACUAAAUUGUUGGUACGUAUUACUUAAUCGUGGCUACAGUUUACAGAUUACUAAAUUUUGGGUACAGAACACUAAACUGUGGGUACAUUUUCGUCAUCUGUGAGUACAGAUUACUAAACUGUACCCACAGAAUAUUAAUUAUACCCACAGUUUAGUAAUCUGUACCCACAGAUGAUGAAAAUGUACCCACAGUUUAGUAUCCUGUUCCCAAAAUUUAGUAACCUGUAUCCACAGUUGAGUAAACUGUUGCCACAAUUAAGAUUACGAAAUUAUGGGUACAGAUUACUAAACUGGACCCACAGAAUAUUAAUUAUAUCCACAGUUUAGUAACCUGUAUCCAUAAUUUUGUAAUCUGUGGGUACAGAUUACGAAACUAUUGGUAUAAUUUAGUAAUCUGGGCAGAGUUUAGUCAUCUGUGGGUACAGAUUAGUUAAGUGUAGCGACUACUAAAGUCUACCCACAAUUUAGUAAUCUGUACCUACAGAUUACGAAACUAGGGGGACAGAUUAGCCAUGAAAAAUAUUUUUUCUACCCUGGCACCGUCCGUAAUAUUGUCAUUUCAGAAAGUUUAGUAAUAUGUGGGUACAGUGAGGUAAUAUAUUGGUACAGUUUAGUCAUCUGUAGAUACAGAUGACUAAACUGUACCCACAGAUUACUUAGCUGUACCCGCAGUUUACUAAUAUGUACCCACAAUUUAGUAAUAUUUACCCACAGAUUACUAAUCUGUACCCAGUUUACGAAUCUGUACUCACAAUUUAGUAAUCUGUGGGUAUAAUUUAGUAAUCUGUGGGUAUAGUUUAGUCAUCUGUUUGGUACAGAUGACUAAACUGUGGGUACAGGCGACUAAACUCUACCCACAAUGUUGUAAUCUGUACCCACAGAUUAAGAAAUUUUAGGGAGAGAUUAGCUAUGAAAAAUAUUUUUUCUAGCCUAGCAUACUGGGGGAUCCGUAAUAUGUUUAGUAAUAUGUGAGUUGAGUUUAGAAAUCUGUACACACAGAUUUCUAAACUGUACCCACAGUUUACUAAUAUGGUCCCACAAUUUAGAAAACUGUGGGUAUAGAUUCGCUAUUAAAUUUAGUAAUCUAUAUGGUGGCUACAGUUUAUUAAACUGUGGGUACAGAUUACUAAAUUGUAGGUAUAAUUUAGCAAUCUGUGGGUACAGACUACUAAACUGUAACCACAAUUUAGUCAUCUACAACCGCAGUUUACUAAUCUGUACCCACAAUUUGGUAAUCUCUGAGUAUAAUUUAUUAAUAUAAUAUUGUAUAUAGUAGUUUUGUAAUCUGUGGGUACAAUUUUGCCAUCUGUUGGUACAGUUUAGUAAUCUGUGGGUACAGACUACUAUAUAGUGUACCCAUAGAUUACGAAACUGGGAGGACAGAUUAGCUAUGAAAAAUAUUUUUUCUACCCUGGCACACUGGGGGCGCCGUAAUAUUGUCAUUUGAGAAGGGUUAGUAAAAUGGGUACAGUUUAGUAAUCUGUACUCACAGAUUACUGAUCUGUACCCACAGUUAAUAAUAGGUACCCACAAUUUAGUAAUCUGUCCCAAGAGAUUACUAAACUGUAGUAAUAGAUUAGCUAUUAAAUUUAGUAAUCUUUACUGAGGGUACAGAUUACCAAAUUAUGGGUACAGAUUACUAAAUGGUGGGUACACAAUACUAAACUGUGGGUAUAAUUGAGUCAUCUUUGCCCACAGAUUACUAAACUAUAUCCACAUAAUACUAAACUGUGGGGACAGAUUAGCGACGAAAAAUAUUUUUACUAUCGUGGCACCCUUGGAGCUCCAUAAUAUUAGCAUUUGCGAAAGUUUAGUCAUUUGUACCCACAGUUUAGUAAUCUGAACCCGCAGAUUACUAAACUUUACUAAAGUAAUCUGAACCCGCAGAUUACUAAACUGUUGGUAAUGAUUAGCUAUUAAAUUUAAUAAUCUAUACUGUACCCACUGAUUACUAAACUGUGGUUACAGAUUAGCUAUGAAAAAUAUUUUUUCUACCCUGGAACACAGGGGGCGCCGUAAUAUUGUCAUUUGAGAAGGUUUAGUAAAAUGGGUACAGUUUAGUAAUCUGUACUCACAGAUUACUGAUCUGUACCCACAGUUAAUAAUAGGUACCCACAAUUUAGUAAUCUGUCCCAAGAGAUUACUAAACUGUAGUUAUAGAUUAGCUAUUAAAUUUAGUAAUCUGUACUGUGGGUACAGAUUACCAAAUUAUGGGUACAGAUAACCAAAUUGUGGGCACAGUUUACUAAUCUGUAUGUACAGAUUACUAAAUUGUGGGUACACAAUAGUAAACUGUGGGUAUAAUUGAGUAAUCUGUGCCCACAGAUUACUAAACUAUAUCCACAUAAUACUAAACUGUGGGGACAGAUUAGCGACGAAAAAUAUUUUUACUAUCGUGGCACCCUUGGAGCUCCAUAAUAUUAGCAUUUGCGAAAGUUUAGUCAUUUGUACCCACAGUUUAGUAAUCUGAACCCGCAGAUUACUAAACUGUUGGUAAUGAUUAGCUAUUAAAUUUAAUAAUCUAUACUGUACCCACUGAUUACUAAACUGUGGUUACAGAUUAGCUAUGAAAAAUAUUUUUUCUACCCUGGAACACAGGGGGCGCCGUAAUAUUGUCAUUUGAGAAGGUUUAGUAAAAUGGGUACAGUUUAGUAAUCUGUACUCACAGAUUACUGAUCUGUACCCACAGUUAAUAAUAGGUACCCACAAUUUAGUAAUCUGUCCCAAGAGAUUACUAAACUCUAGUUAUAGAUUAGCUAUUAAAUUUAGUAAUCUGUACUGUGGUCACAAUUUAGUAAUCUGACCCCGCAGAUUACUAAACUGUUGGUAAUGAUUAGCUAUUAAAUUUAAUAAUCUAUACUGUACCCACUGACUACUAAACUGUGGUUACAGAUUAGCUAUGAAAAAUAUUUUUUUCUAGCCUGGCACCUUGAGGUCUCCAUAAUAUUGUCAUUUGAAAGUGUGUAUGAGAUCUGGCAAUAAGGGUGAUUCACUCUUAAACGUUAGGUUUCAUCCGGGUUUGAAUAUCCCAACUGCUUCCUUAACACAAUUACUGUUUCACCAGAAAUAA